AUGGAGAGAGUUUGUGUUUUGUUGCUGCUCACCCUUGCCUUGGCAGAGUCCUUUUCUAACCAAAGAGGAAUCAUCCUUAAUCUGGACAAUGGAGAGCUAUGCCUAAGCAGUCUCCAGUGCAAAAGCAGAUGCUGUCACCGAGAGAAUUGGUUAACCCUGUCUCGUUGUGCGGACAAAGCAGCUGAGUUCCAGGAGUGUUCCCGGAAGAACCUUAGCGUUUACUAUAAGUGCCCCUGUGAAAGCGGAUUAACCUGUGAGACAACCGCCAACACUGGCUUUGGCAUCUGCCAUGACUCAGCAAGACAAUCGAAAGUCAAGAAGGAAAAACAGUAAAGAUGCACACACUCUCUGGUUCUAUGCAGUGGUCAUCACUUCCCAAGAUAUUACCUAUCUCUGCACAUAUCUUACAGGUUUCUAAACAAACCCACACAUCAUUAUCAUUUGCUCAGAAUGAAAAUAUUUCCAAAUAUAUCCCUCAUCCAACUUACUACUUGGAAAAUGCUUCCAAAUAUACCCCUCAUCCAACCUUAUUUGUCAUAUGCCACACCACUUUCUCAAAACAUCCUUAUGCAUCAGCUUAGCACUGCAUUUCCACAGCCAUGGUCUCCAACCUGUUUUGUCCAUUCGCAUGAACCACCAUUUUAUGAAAAAGCAUUUUAUUUCUUGGUGUACUCUUUACAUUGCACCCUCUGAUCUAGACCACCCUUUUCCUUAUCUGGGCUUCGUUAGAAAAUGAAUCUCCCCCUCCCCCGCACUCCCUCUUGCCUUCUACUACUACUCCCUGUGUCUGACAGACACCCCCAGCUGACAUCUGGCAAAAGGCAUUCAAAGGCACCAUAUUUGUUAUCCCAGGUUAAUGUUCUGGCUUCUCUCAGAUGUUAGGCUA